UGAGACACAGUGGCGGACUAAGGGUGGGCGGAGGGGGCGGUCCGCCCCGGGCCCCCACAUUUGGGGGGCCCCACAAGAUAAAAAAAAAAAAUUUUUUUUCGUGAAUCAGGUGUUUGAAAAUGAAAAUCCAACAUUUACUCUUAGGAGGCGGCAUCGCAAAAUCGAGUAGUCGCACUCGCACUAGUCGAUCGAAUGUGUUAUAUGAAAAGCGGAAUGCCGAAUUAUCGCCGUAUCCAGUAUUUGAGUAUUUCUCCGAAUUCAUUGUAAAAAGUAUUAUUAAAUAGAUGCUUUAUCGCCUUAUCGAUAAACGGGCACUUUAUUAUUCCGAUAAGGAAACAAUUAUAGUCGUAUUCGUAUUGUAUGAUUUGUUUGAGUAAAUUUCCAACCGGUCCGGCGGUCCCACCACGCGCAAACUAUUUUACUCGGAAAUAACUGUUUGAUACUUUUAAACCGAUAUGGCAGUACAUUUUUUACAUAAACAUCAUAUAAACACGUGUCAAACUAUUUCCUCAAACGCGAUUGACACAAACUUCAUGUAAACGCAUCUAAAACUGUUUACAUAAACUGUUUGCAUGAAGUUUACAUGAAGUAGCUGCUUGUAAACAUGAGUGACAAGCACAAGAACCAACGGACAUAUCUUAGUGGAGCACAAAAAAGAAAAGUGUCUGAAAAAAAAGAAAAAAGUCACCAAGAAGUUUUGGCAAAGACUUUCAAACUUGAUAAGUUCUUCAAAGUCGUGACUCCAUCAAAGAAAACAGAUGAGAAUCAAUCUUCAGAUUUAGAGCAGAUCGAGGAUAGAUCAAAUGAUGCUAAUAAUGAAGUCUUGGAAGUAAACAAUGUAAAUGAUGAAACUGAAGCAGCAAAAGGAAAAGAAAAAGAAGUUCAGGAAUUUACAUUUGGUGGUGAAAUAAGUACUUUCAAAGAAAAGUUUCUUCUCUCAAACGAUGCAGCGACUUGGCCGGUGCCAAUGCCAGACGACAUUCGACUAGAAAUAAUACAGAUCGGUAGUUCGACAUUUCAAAACAAGGAUGGACCAUUUUUGCCAAUAGAAAGAGUCGGAGAAUCAACUAAAGGAACAAAUAGGAGCUUGACGUCUUCAUGGUUUUAUGCAAGUUUACCGGAUGGAACCAAAUUUUUGAGAAAAUGGAUGGUUUUUUCAUUAUCAACAAAUAAGUUGUAUUGUUUCUGCUGUCGAAUCUUUGCAACGGACGAUGAUCUAGAAAAAAAAUUUGUUUCUGGUUUUGAUCGGUGGUGGAAAUUGAAUCCGAAAGUUACGCAACAUGAGUCGUCCAACGAACACUUGUCAAAUUUCGAGAAAUGGAAAACCUUGACAGUCAGGCUUCAUAGCGGAAAAACUAUUGAUCAUAGCACUGAAAAAGUCAUCAAUUCUGAAACUAAAAAAUGGCGUGAUAUUCUGCACAGACUAUUGGACAUCACGCUUUUUUUGGCAAAACAAAACCUUUCGUUCCGGGGCCACAGAGAAGAUUUUGAAUCGGAAAAUCGUGGAAACUUUUUGGAGUUAAUCAAGCUAAUGGCUCGCUAUGAUCCUGUUUUGAGAGAACAUUGGACGAAUUUAGAAAAAUCAGCAGGCGGACCCAAAAGACUGCCAUCUUAUUUAUCUAAGGGUAUUCAGAAUGAGUUCAUAAACAUCUUAGGCGACCACGUUCUGGAAAAUAUUAUUGUUGAUGUGAAAAAGGCAAAAUAUUACGGCAUGUUAUUUGAUAGCACACCAGAUAGUAGUCAUGUCGACCAAAUGAGCAAAAUAAUAAGGUAUGUACAUAUUGAAGGAAAAGUUGUAGAAGUACGCGAGUCUUUCUUGGGCUUUUUUCCUAUGAAUGGUAAAACAGCAGCCCAUAUAACAGAGGAUAUUCUAAAGGAAUUGGAAAAACACAAACUGGAUAUCAACUUGUGCAGAUCUCAGGGUUAUGACAACUGUUUCACAAUGUCUGGUCAACAUAAGGGCGUUCAAAAAAGAAUCAGCAGUAUAAACCCUAAAGCUCUCUGGAACUCAUGUGCCAAUCAUUCUUUGAAUCUUUGUGGUGUCCAUUCAUUUGCUUGUGUUGUCGCCAGCGUGACAUUUUUUGGUACUCUCGAAAAAGUAUAUGUUUUUUUUGCUGCUUCCACUCACAGAUGGGAAAUACUGCUCGAAAAUAUUGGGAUUACGUUGAAAAGAUUAUCAGAUACUCGCUGGAGCGCACACUAUCACAGCGUUAAAGCAGCAAGAAAUGAAGUUGUGAAAAUCAUCAGAACAAUUGAAGUCAUGCGAGAUUCCCCCGACGAAAAUUUGAAUACCCGUUCUACUGCAAGCACAUUAAUUCCCCUAAUGUGCGAUCACACAUUCUUGUGUUUCUUGGAGUUAUGGAACUUGAUUUUGGCGCAAGUUGACUCUGUUCAAACUUAUUUACAAACCAAAGGAGUUACACUUGACAUGAGUUUGAAAAAAAUUGGAACUUUGCUACUUUUUCUGACUGAAGAGAGAAACGACAUCGUCAACAAAGCAAUCAACUUUGGAGUAGAAAAGUGUCAGGAACUGGGCAUCGAGAUGGGAAAUCAAAAAAGACGUAGAAGGAGAAAACUUUUACCGGGUGAGUCAGCAACGGACUCAAAUUUGACUGAGCUUGAAGAACUUCGCAGAUCAAUGUUCGAGUGCUUGGAUCGUUUUGUUGAGGAACUUCAAAAAAGAACCAGCGGAAUGAAGAAAAUUUUGGACACUUUUCAAGUGAUUCAAUCAAAGUUUCUUAUGAAUGCCCCGGACGAAGAAAUAUUACCAGCUGCACAGAAACUCAACCUUGUUUAUGACGAUUUUGACGGAGAACAAGUUUUCCUAGAGGUGAAAAGAUUACGUCGUCACAUUCGAGCGACUGAAACCAAAAUCGAAGCAGCCACUUCUUGGACGACAAAGGAAAUGCUUCAGUUUAUAACUACGUGGGACUUCAAUGAAUCUGUGCCAAAUCUUUGUCUCAUUUUGCAGUAUUUCCUUACGAUAUGUGUGUCAGUUGCUUCUUGUGAAAGAAGUUUUUCGAAAUUAAAAUUAAUCAAAAAUUACUUGAGGUCAACAAUGAGCGAACAAAGGUUAAACAGUCUUGCUAUUUUAUCGAUUGAAAAAAAAAGUGCAUCAACAUUGGAUUUCGAUGUAGUAAUCGACACAUUCGCUUCACUUAAAGCAAGAAAGCACAAUUUAAAAAUAUAAAUUGUUUUGUUUUUAAAACUGUCAUUUUCUGUAUUUUUAAUAAAACUAUUGUUUAAUCGAAUGUUCUGAAUAUUGAACCCUUCAUAACUCAUAGCUCCAUUAAACGAGAAAAAUUACGGGAGGGGGGGGGCCUUCAAAUCAUUUCCGCCCCGGGCCCCAAAAGGUCUUAGUCCGCCCCUGUUGA